GCUAAUUGCUUGAGUCCAUCAAUUCUCUGAACAGUGAGAAAACAACUCGAAUCCCUUAAUUCUCUGAACAGAGGGAGCAAUGGCGGCUUUCCGUAGGAUGCUCUUGUACGUGGCAUGUGUUGUUGUGAUGUUGUCGAAAAUGGCAGCAGCAGCAGCUUCAUUAGCCAAGCCAAACUGCCAGAACUGGUGUGGAAAUGUUGAGAUCCCUUAUCCAUUUGGCACAACGGAAAAUUGCUACCUUAAUGAUAAUUAUUUUAUCAAUUGUAGCAAUUCCCAACCACUCUGGGGAAACCAUGUUGUCACCAACAUUUCCAUCCAAGGCGAGCUUGAAAUCUUGAUGUUUAUAGCCAUUCAAUGUUACCAAAACUCGAGUGCUGUGCCUGUGGUUGACCACUCGUUCUAUCUCCCUUACCCCACUGUCACAAUUUCCAACACCAAAAACAAGCUAGUGGGCAUCGGCUGUGACACUUACGCCUCCCUCUCUGCUUACCAGAACAAUGAACCCUACUUCCUUGCCUGCAGCUCUACGUGUCAAAGUCUUAUGAAUGUCGUCAAUGGAUCUUGCAACUUUCAUGGGUGUUGCCAAAUUGAAAUCCCAACAGGAUUGAAGAACUUUACUUUGGAGGCAGGUAGCAAUUACAAUCACACAAAUGUCUCUAAAUUCAACCCAUGCAGCUCUGCUUUUGUGGCUAAAAAAGAUGAGUUCAAAUUUUCCUCUGAUUAUCUUGGAAAAAUGCCAGCGCCUGACAUAAAUGAUACUUUUCCAAUGGUUCUUGAUUGGGUAAUCGGUACUUAUGAAACAUGUGAAACUGCUCGGAGCAAGCCGGAUUACGUUUGUGGACAGAACACCUCAUCAUGUGAUAAUCCCCCAGAAGGGGUUGAUGGAUAUCGUUGCAAGUGCAAAGAAGGUUAUGAAGGAAACCCAUACCUCCAUGAUGGUUGCCAAGAUAUUAAUGAGUGCCUGCAAGUUCCAAAACCUUGCCAUGCUAAAGCAAAAUGCACCAACACUGGAGGGAGUUUCAGUUGUACUUGUCGCAAGGAUUACAAAGGCGAUGGAAAGAUGAAUGGAACAGGUUGCAGUCCUAAAGUCAGCCAUUUCAAGAACAUCAUUAUUGCACUAAUUGCUAUCAGCAUUGGCCUUUCAGCAUUGUUUGUGGUAGGUUCUUCAGUAUAUUGUGGACUAAAGAGAAAAAGACUUUUCAAGCUAAAAGAGAAAUUCUUCGAACAAAAUGGUGGCUUCUUGUUGCAACAAAAACUCUCAAAUGAUAGAACUUCCAUGGAGGUGGCCAAAAUCUUUAGUGCAGAAGAACUUGAAAAGGCUACAAACAAUUAUGAUGAGAGUAGAGUACUUGGUCAAGGAAGCUUUGGAACUGUUUACAGAGGAAUCUUACCAGAUAAUAAUCAGGUCGCCAUUAAAAAAUCAAAACUUUGUGAUCAGAGCCAAAUUGAGCAAUUCAUAAAUGAGGUAAUUGUGCUUACCCAAAUUAACCAUAGAAACGUGGUUAAGCUAUUAGGUUGUUGUCUAGAAACAGAAGUGCCAUUACUAGUUUAUGAAUGCAUCACAAAUGGAACUCUUUCGGCCCACAUUCAUGAUAAAGUGCUAUCAUCCUCACUCUCAUGGAGAAAGCGUUUGAAGAUAGCAGCAGAUACUGCAGGAGCACUUGCAUACUUGCAUUUUUCGACUUCCAUGCCAAUUAUACACAGGGAUGUCAAACCUGCAAAUAUACUUUUGGAUAAUAACUAUACAGCAAAGGUAUCUGACUUUGGGACUUCAAGAUUGGUCCCCCUUGAUCAAACACAAUUAACUACUUUGGUGAAGGGAACUUUGGGGUACUUAGACCCAGAAUACUUCCAUAGUAGUCAACUUACAGAAAAAAGUGAUGUUUACAGCUUUGGGGUUGUUGUGGCCGAGUUAUUGACUGGUAAGAAAGCACUUUCUUUUGAUAGGCCUGAAAGUGAUAGAAGUUUGGCAGUAAUCUUUAGUUCUGCAGUAAAAGAGGAUCGCUUACAUCAAAUUCUUGAGGACCAUAUUGUAAGCGAUGGUAAUAUUAAUGAGAUAAACAAAGUUGCUAAGCUUGUAAUGCAGUGCUUAUGUGUAAGAGGAGAGGAUAGGCCAAAUAUGAAGGAAGUGGCAAUGGAGCUAGAGGGGUUGAGAAGUAUGGAUCAAAAGCAUCAAUUGGGAAAGGUUGAUCUCUAUACAAAAGAGGCUGAAUGCUUAGUCACUCCACCUGCACAGUACUCUUUCAGCAUUAAUGGUGUCAAUAAUGAUGAUUCUUCGACCAGCGCAACAAUGGGGUAUGAAAGUAUGAGAAACCAAGACUUGAAACCAUUGAUAUUGAAUUCUGGUAGAUGAUCUUGAAACGAAGUCAGUUGCUUAUAUAUAGGCUCUCCUUCAUUUUCAUGUCUAAUAUUUAUAAUGUCUUCUUGCUACCUUCCCUUUUUCUGUCAUAAAGCUUCAUUGCUAUUAAAUCAGGUACCUAGAAACUAAAUGUUUUAAAUGAUGUUGCAAUGUUGUCAUCUUUCAUUCUGUUUUUGUGGUCAAUAAUAAUUAAGAACA